GGUUGGGUGGUGUUUCCCUGGGCCCGGCGGCGGAGCUCCAGCGGGUGAGGCAGGCGGGCGGUCCAGAGUCGUCGCUCGGCCAGGCAGGCCCAGCGGCCCCCGGCCAUGGAGUCCUACGAUAUCAUCGCCAACCAGCCCGUGGUCAUUGACAAUGGUUCAGGAGUAGUUAAAGCUGGCUUUGCUGGAGAUCAGAUUCCAAAAUACUGCUUCCCAAACUAUGUGGGCCGCCCGAAGCAUGUCCGUGUUAUGGCUGGAGCGCUUGAAGGAGAUCUCUUCAUUGGACCGAAAGCAGAGGAACACCGAGGUUUGUUAUCCAUCCGGUACCCCAUGGAGCACGGCAUUGUCCGGGACUGGAACGACAUGGAGAGAAUCUGGCAGUACGUUUAUUCCAAAGACCAGCUGCAGACAUUUUCAGAAGAGCAUCCUGUUCUCUUGACGGAAGCCCCCCUAAACCCCAGCAAAAACCGUGAGAAGGCUGCAGAAGUUUUCUUUGAGACUUUCAACGUCCCUGCGCUCUUCAUCUCCAUGCAAGCUGUCCUCAGUCUUUAUGCCACAGGCCGCACCACGGGAGUCGUGCUCGAUGCUGGCGAUGGCGUGACGCACGCGGUGCCCAUCUAUGAGGGCUUUGCCAUGCCUCACUCCAUUAUGCGGGUCGACAUUGCCGGGAGGGAUGUGUCCCGUUACCUCCGCUUGCUGCUACGGAAAGAGGGCUACGACUUCCACACCUCGGCCGAGUUUGAAGUGGUCAAGACAAUAAAAGAGAGAGCUUGCUACCUAUCCAUCAACCCUCAGAAGGAUGAAGCCUUAGAGACAGAGAAGGUGCAGUACACGCUGCCCGACGGAAGCACUUUAGAUAUUGGUCCAUCCCGAUUCCGAGCUCCUGAGCUGCUUUUCCAACCGGACCUAAUAGGAGACGAAAGCGAAGGGAUCCAUGAAGUGUUGGUGUUCGCCAUCCAGAAAUCUGACAUGGACCUGAGGCGAACGCUGUUUGGGAACAUUGUCCUGUCUGGAGGAUCUACACUCUUUAAAGGUUUCGGGGACCGAUUGCUCAACGAAGUGAAGAAACUCGCUCCAAAAGACGUCAAGAUCAAGAUUUCGGCUCCUCAGGAGAGAUUAUACUCAACGUGGAUUGGGGGCUCCAUCCUGGCCUCGCUGGACACGUUCAAGAAGAUGUGGGUCUCCAAGAAGGAAUACGAGGAGGACGGCUCGAGGGCCAUUCAUCGAAAGACAUUCUAGGACAGGGGCCGGGGGUGGCAGCAGCAGGAAGCAGCAGCAGCUGGGGUCUUGUCUCUUCUCUCGUAAUCCUUUCUUGUCCAGGGCUGCUCCCUCCCUCCCUCUCCUUCCUUCCUUCCUUCCUUCCUUCCUUCCUUCCUUCCUUCCUUCCCCUUUUCCUUCCUAUCUUCCUUCCCUUCCCUUCCUAUCCCCCCCCCACUUCCCUCUCUUAGUACCCCUAAAUGCAUGUUGCUAGCAGGCACCUCCCUGGGAGGAGGUGUUGCUCUUUCGAGGCCUUGUUUGGGGGGUGGGGGUGGGAGGGUCCUCGCCCCUUGACCUGGGAGGGACUUUUGAAGCCCCUUCCCACCUCCCGAUUCCCCUCCCGAGCAACCCUUUUGCUUUGCCCCAGUGCUUACCUUGGGCUCCAGGCAAGGAGGAAGGCUGCCCUCUUGGCAAGGAAGGGACCCUGACCUCCACCUUCCUAGCCAUCCGCACAUUCGACGCCUCUCGGGGGGAACCAGGAGUGUCCAUGCCUCCGGUCACCAAAAAAAGUCAGAAAGCUCUUAGGGAAGAUGGCAUCUUAACAGCUGCUGCCCUGCUUGCCACCUUUUGUCAACCUUACCAAGGGCCCCUUGAUCUCUGGGGGGAAAAGGGACAUCAAAAACGUUCUUCAGCCUGCCCUCUAAAAAAAUAUCUUCGGUCCACUCAUCAACCAAGGGGCCUCUGAGAGCAGAGCAAUGGUGGCCUCGACAUAAGCCCAGCUUCUUCCCUCUCGGAAGCCCCUUCCCCCAGUCCAGCCCCCAUCCUGACAUUUAAGGAAUAGGAGACUCAGAGGUCCAGAGGGAUGUCUGAACGCCCCUUGGAGAAUAGGACACGGACUGAGAGUCACGGACUUUCCUCCGGUGUGUCUCCUCUCGGGAAUUUGGGAUCAGCUCCAGGGAUGGCAUAAGCCAAGUUGGAGAUGGCAUAAGCCAAGCCAGAGAGGAGGCAGGCAGCUUCCCCAUCCCCCUUCCCUGUCCUUCUAAAAUAAGUAGUGGGAAAAGAAUACGGAGAACCAAAUCUCGGUCUGGUUCAGCUAAAUAGGAGGUGGGAAAGGGCUGACUUGCAGCGUUGCGUAGGCUAUGGGAGCGGAAGCAUCCCAUCCUUGGGGGAUCUUUAGGAGUCUCCCCUGAGCUGGAGAUGUGGGGAGAGGAGUUGAGGUGGCUGCUGGGAGGAAGAGGAGGAGGAGGUAGGAGGAACCUGGAACAUUUUAAGACUGACCUAAGAAAUAAGACAAACCUAUCCUGAGCGCAUUCUACACAAUAUUGUCGUUUUUAGUUGUUUUUUUUUCCCCACCCCAUGUCUGGUUUGGCUCUUAAUACCUUGAUACGUGCUACCCCCCCAACUUCUCCCAACUCUUGUGGCUGUGCAUUGCAAAUGGCCGUGCCUCUCUUUGGAGGGGAGGAGGGGAGUAGCCUUCAUCUGUGUGUAUGAAAGCUGCCAGCUCUGGAUCCCAUCCCUGCCUCCCGGACCAGCUUUCCCAAACUUUCCAACUGUGUUGAGUUUCAAUUCAACCCCCCCCUCUGCGCCAACCCGCCAGGCCUCAGCUGAACAGCCUAAGAGUUGCUCCCCAGGCUUUGCAGGACAAACCCUGUCUCCCCCUCCCCAUCCGCUCUGCGCGGUGACCCCUUUGCUUACUGCCUUUUCGGGGAGCUGGCUAGCGUCGAGAGUCCAGAAUUCAAACGGUUUUACUUAAAAGAUAGACCAGUUGAAAGCCUGUCUGGUUUUGCUAGCUGGGGGUGGGUGGGUGUUGGUGAAAGGGGAGGGGGGGGGCAGGUUUCCAAUAAUUAUCCCAACUGCCCAGCAGCUAAGAAGACGAGCUCUCCCCUCUUCACUUCGGCUGUGUUGCAGAUCAUGGCCUGGGAAUAGCAUUCAGCGUUUUUAAUGUGUACGCAAAUGAAUUUAUUUAAAAGAAACACAUUCUCUGUUCCCUUAAAAUGUGUACCUACGUUUGUCGGCUUCUCCAUGUUGCUCCUCUACAAUAACUAAACCAAAUUGGAGGCAGAAGUGCCCCUCUACUUUCCCCCUCUCCACCCCCUCCCCCACCCCCCAUCCUUUCCCCAUGAGAUCCCCCUGUCUGGGCUGCAAUGUACAAUAAUUUAACACAGUUGCCUGUAUUUUUAUUUUGUAAAUUCAUUAUACUAAUAAUUAUAAAUUAACCGCCAGUGGC